UGAACAGCCUGGCGUCCGUCUUGUUUCUUUCAUCUCUCUCUCUCUCUCUCUCUCACGAUCUCUUCCCGUCAACUACUCAGAUCAGCAUCGUUGCAAUCCUCUCUCUCUCUCUGGGUUUUUAGGCAAGGAUUUUGAAUUGGCAUCUGAUUUUGAACAGCAUGAAUUAUCUUCUCGGAGCUUUCAAGCCUGCUUGCGGCAUAUCAAUCACAUUUUCUGAUGAAAAAAAUCGUAAGAAGGUCCCAAUGAAGAAGGAAAAUGGUCAAACAAUACCGGUUCCACUCUUCCAAAGUCAAGAAAACAUUUCUGGGAAGAUAUCUAUAGAACCAUUUCAGGGGAAGAAGGUUGAACACAAUGGGAUUAAGAUUGAGCUCCUUGGUCAGAUAGAAAUGUAUUUUGACAGAGGCAACUUUUAUGACUUUACCUCCCUUGUUCGUGAAUUGGACAUCCCGGGUGAAAUAUAUGAAAGGAAGACGUAUCCCUUUGAGUUUUCGACGGUUGAAAUGCCAUAUGAAACAUACAAUGGGGUGAAUGUGCGGCUCAGGUAUGUCCUAAAAGUCACAAUCAACCGUGGCUAUGCUGGGAGCAUUGUGGAAUAUCAUGAUUUUAUGGUUCGGAAUUAUAGUCCUCCUCCGUCAAUUAAUAAUAGUAUUAAGAUGGAAGUUGGAAUUGAAGAUUGCCUUCACAUUGAAUUUGAGUACAACAAAAGCAAGUACCAUCUGAAAGAUGUUAUUAUAGGAAAGAUAUAUUUUCUUCUUGUAAGAAUUAAGUUAAAAAACAUGGAUCUUGAGAUCAGACGUCGAGAAUCCACAGGAUCAGGGGCCAACACCCACGUUGAGACAGAGACGCUUGCAAAGUUUGAGUUGAUGGAUGGGGCACCAGUCAGAGGUGAAUCGAUUCCAAUCAGACUAUUCCUUAGCCCCUAUGAAUUGACACCAACACAUCGCAAUAUCAACAACAAAUUCAGUGUGAAGUACUAUUUGAACCUUGUUCUUGUUGACGAAGAGGAUCGCCGGUAUUUUAAGCAGCAGGAAAUCACAUUAUACCGUCUUGCAGAAACUUCCUGAUUUUUCUUUACUCAAUUGGAGUCCCAUCCGCCAAAGAGUAAGACCACUAGGUUGCCUCAUGAGACCAUACAGUUAUCCAUGUUUAUGACAAUCUCAUAUCAACGACAUUUGUCAAGAGGCAGUGCAUUAGAUUAGUACUUAUCAGUGAUCUUCCCCUUUGAUACCGAAUAAUCAGAUUUGUAUAGAUGUGCUCUUUACAUAGAGGAUUUGUGCCAGGCGCUUGUUGGUGCUGGGAUACCAUUUGCAAACUGUUAAUUUAUUUUAACAUAGGAUACAAUGGCAGAGCAGCAUCAAAGGGCUUGAUAUGUUGUUGGUGUUGUAGGAUGCCGUUUUCUUGUUUGGUGGCUUUCCAAAUAGGUCGAGAUGGUUGGUUGGAAGUCUAGAAUAUACGUAGUUGACUCUUAUGUUGGGAUUAAAAGGCUUGUGAUUAUUUGUUUGUUGGCAUUAUUCUAGUUGUUUAUUGACAGCCAA